AACAGUUACUGACCACAAUCUGUUGUACGGAACCUACCUCUUCCCGGACAAUUUUAUUGCAACAUAAUGGCUGAAAAUUUUACCGAGGAGGAGGUCCAAGAGUAUAAAGAAGCAUUUCAGCUGUUUGAUAAAGAUGGCGGUGGUACCAUUAGCAUCAAGGAAUUGAAGCAAGUGUUCGAUGCGUUGGGUCAACAUCCUUCUGAAGAAGAAGUGCAGAAUAUGAUCUCGGAGGUCGAUGAGGAUGGAAGUGGCGAAAUAGAUUUUGAAGAGUUUCUAAAAUUAAUGGCAGCCAAGCAAGCAAACAUGACAAUGGAAGAUGAACUAAGAGGUGCAUUCAGUGUCUUUGAUAGAGAUGGAAGUGGAUACAUCUCAUCACAGGAGCUUAAACAGGUCUUAGAGAAUCUCGGCGAGUCACUGACUUAUGAGGAGGUUGACGAGAUGAUGAAGGAAGCCGACCUGGACUGCGACGGACAAGUCAGCUUUGACGAGUUUGUGAAGAUGAUGAGCAAUAACCUUAGAAAUAUGGCUGAUCAACUGACAGAAGAACAGAUUGCUGAAUUCAAAGAAGCGUUCUCGCUCUUUGACAAGGAUGGAGAUGGUACAAUCACCACUAAGGAACUUGGAACAGUGAUGAGAUCUCUAGGACAGAAUCCAACUGAAGCAGAACUUCAGGAUAUGAUCAAUGAAGUUGAUGCAGAUGGUAAUGGAACAAUUGAUUUCCCUGAAUUUCUCACCAUGAUGGCAAGGAAAAUGAAGGAUACUGACAGUGAGGAAGAAAUCAGAGAAGCUUUCCGAGUGUUUGACAAAGAUGGAAAUGGUUUCAUUAGUGCUGCUGAGUUGCGACAUGUGAUGACAAACCUGGGAGAGAAACUUACAGACGAGGAAGUUGAUGAGAUGAUCCGAGAAGCAGACAUUGAUGGAGAUGGGCAAGUCAAUUAUGAAGAAUUUGUCAAGAUGAUGACAUCUAAGUAACUGUGGGACAGCUUACAGAACCCAGCUUGAAUCAAGUUUGCAACCUUGUCUGUACCAAUGAGAAUUGUAGAUAGCACUUAACUUCAAAUGAGAAAUAUUUGUGGGAAACUCUCUCUUUGUGUCAUACUAUAAUUCCCAAAUUGAGGACAUUUCUGUUUAUAAUUUAUUAAGACUUGUUUUUUUGAAGCAAUAAAGAUCAGUCAAAACCGUUGAGAGUUCUUGUAGUGUUUCAGUGGCAAUUAACAAUAAAACUGUCUUUAGCACA